UUGCAACUUCAAAGUUACAUUUUUGUUGUUUCAGAAGCAUUGUCACAGUGACAUAUGUCUUCUGUUUUUAAAUUUCAGUGAUAUGUCAAAAUUUCAGAUGUAUUUAGGGAGAUUAUCAUUAUAAUAUUCUGUUUGGGGGAUUGAUGCACUAAUUUAAUCUAGUUUUAAUAAUAUGGUUACAUUUUUUAAAGCACAUGGUUUAAAAAAGUGCAUUUAAAUAUUUUAGCAUUUGGAGGUAGCCCUUAUUGAAGAUUGGCAGGGUUUUGUAAAAUACUGAAGUUAAGAAUUGUGGUUUUCUUCAUUUUUUUUUAUUUCCAUUUUUGUCAAUGUUUUAUGUUGAAGACGUUAACUUUGCGGGAAAAAAUGCAGUUUCAGAUAUAAAAAAAUAUGAUUAGAAAGUUCCCAUUGUCUUUACAAUUUCUGGUUUAGAUCACAACUGUGGUUGAAAGUAAGUUACUAACUCACAUGUGAGCUAUAUUUGUUUGAAUAAGCAUAGCAUUUUUUACUUUGAUUUUUUUCUUUCAGCUGGAAGAAAUGUUCUAAAUUAUAGUCAUUUUAUAAGGAUUGCUUCUAGCAAGUGAAAAAAGUCUGGAAAACCAAUAAUUUAGACAAGUGCAAAAAUCCCAAACCAGUUCAGAUGUUGCUGUUUCAUCCAUUUACAGGUCUAUGGAAAUGCAGGAUCUAGCCAGCCCUCAUAGUCGACUAAGUGGUAGUAGUGAAUCUCCCAAUGGUCCAAAACUUGAUAAUUCUCACAUAAAUAAUAAUUCCAUGACACCCAAUGGCACAGAAGGUGACAUGACUCUGCUCAGCACUGCAGACUGGUUGUUAAAUACUAAUACACAGACCACUGCAGGUUUGUGUAGUAACGUUAAAACAGAGCCAAUGAGCAGCAGUGAGAUUGCUACUACAACAGCAGACGGGUCUUUAGACAGUUUUUCAGGAUCAGCAAUUGGAAGCAGUGGCUUCAGCCCAAGACAAACUCACCAGUUUUCCCCACCACAGAUAUACCCGUCCAACAGACCAUACCCGCAUAUUCUUCCUACUCCUUCACAAACGAUGGCUGCAUAUGGGCAGACGCAGUUUACCACAGGGAUGCAACAAGCCACAGGUUAUUCAACGUACCCACAGCCUGGUCAGCCCUAUGGAAUCCCAUCAUAUGGUGCAUUGUGGGCAGGCAUCAAGACAGAAGGCGGAUUAUCACAAACACAGUCACCUGGACAGACAGGCUUUCUGAGCUAUGGUGCAAGUUUUAGCACUCCCCAGCCAGGACAGGCUCCAUACAGUUACCAGAUGCAAGGAAGCAGUUUCACUACAUCAUCUGGAAUAUAUGCUGGAAACAAUUCACUUACAAAUUCUACGGGAUUUAACAGUUCGCAACAGGAGUAUCCUUCUUACCCCAGCUUUGGCCAAGGUCAAUACGCACAGUAUUAUAACAGUUCUCCAUAUCCUUCGCAUUAUAUGACAAGUAGCAACACCAGUCCAACAACCCCUUCUUCCAAUGCUACAUACCAGCUUCAAGAACCACCAUCUGGCAUCACAAGUCAAGCAGUUGCAGAUCCUACAGCAGCAGAGUACAGUACAAUCCACAGCCCAGCAACACCGAUCAAAGAUUCUGAUGCAGAAAGGUUGCGUCGCAGCUCAGAUGGCAAAUCACGUGGUCGAGGCAGAAGGAAUAAUAAUCCUUCACCACCGCCUGACUCCGACCUAGAGAGAGUAUUCAUUUGGGAUUUGGAUGAGACAAUCAUCAUUUUCCAUUCCUUGCUUACAGGAUCCUAUGCUAACAGAUAUGGGAGAGACCCCCCUACUUCUGUUUCCUUGGGACUGAGGAUGGAGGAGAUGAUUUUCAACUUGGCAGACACACAUCUAUUCUUUAAUGAUUUAGAAGAAUGUGACCAAGUUCAUAUCGAUGAUGUUUCAUCAGAUGACAAUGGCCAGGACUUAAGCACCUAUAACUUCGGAACAGAUGGCUUCCCUGCAGCAGCUACCAGCGCUAAUUUAUGCUUAGCAACGGGUGUGCGUGGAGGGGUGGACUGGAUGAGAAAACUGGCCUUUCGAUACAGACGAGUAAAAGAAAUCUACAACACCUACAAAAAUAAUGUUGGAGGUCUUCUGGGUCCAGCAAAGAGAGAAGCAUGGUUGCAGCUUAGAGCAGAAAUUGAAGCUCUUACAGAUUCUUGGUUAACACUUGCACUAAAAGCACUCACACUAAUUCACUCUAGGACAAAUUGUGUGAAUAUUCUAGUGACGACUACUCAGCUUAUUCCAGCUCUUGCAAAAGUCUUGCUAUAUGGCUUAGGUGUAGUAUUUCCAAUAGAAAAUAUUUACAGUGCAACUAAAAUAGGAAAAGAAAGCUGUUUUGAGCGCAUAAUUCAAAGAUUUGGAAGAAAAGUAGUAUAUGUUGUUAUAGGAGAUGGUGUGGAAGAAGAACAAGGAUCAAAGAAGCAUGCCAUGCCAUUCUGGAGGAUCACAAGUCACUCUGACCUUAUGGCCCUUCAUCAUGCCUUGGAACUGGAGUACUUAUAGUAGCACUUUGUAACCCCAGAACUUCCCUGGCGCCCACGGACAGUGUGCCUGCAACUUGUGUCAUUGCUGGGCUACAGAAAUUUGUGAUUUCAUCAUGUUGAUGUACAGCUGCAACUGGUCUCAACCUUUGCCCUAGCAGUAAAUGGAGGAGCAUGUCUCUCGUCUUCAGAAACAGCUGUUGAUUCUAGUACUGUGAAUCUAAUGAAAACAAGCCAUGAUGAGAAUGUUUAACAGUGUGUCCUUAUCACAUUCACCACAUUGAAACGUUCAUACCUGUGAAGAGACUGGGAAGUGCUUUGUGGUUUCUAGAUUCUUCAUUGUGGCGCACAUACACCUUCUUAAAUACAACAAACUUGAUUGCACAACAAAAGACUGAGCUUUUUCUUUUCUUUUUAAGAAUCCCAUGCAUACAUUUCUUGAAAAGGUUUACUUUCCCCCACCCGCACCCCUCUCUUUCUCUCUCCCUCUUUUAGUUUCUCAGACCCAGGGUACUCUGUAAAUCUUUACUUAUUUAUGAACAGACUCUGUUUUGGCACCAUCACCUAAAUGUGGAAAUGUAUGAUAAAUGAAAGGCUGUAAUGAGUGUUUGCCUUCUGAUAACAAAUUGAUUUUGAAUUUUAGCACAUUGCAAAGUAGUUUAAAGUAUGUCUAAUUUAAGCAAAUAGGUACAUCACUGAGACAAUCGUGUACAGGAAGAAUGUUUUGGUGUAAAUUUGUAAUGAAUGGAUGACGUUUUACAUAUUGUUUAGGCAAAUACUAUUGAAAGGUAGUAAUGGCUUUUUGGUGAAAUAUGAGGCAGUGUAUGCACAAACUAUUGUGCUGUGCCUUAUGAAAGUAUUGUGUAUAAAUAUGUAGAUAAUUGAUUUUUUUUUUUUUAGAUCAAUUUGUCAAGACCAAAAGCAUGGAUGUCAAGUGUCAAUAAGGAAUCACUUUUUACUCUUUCUGUUCUUUCUUCAGGUUUUUUCAUUGGCAAAUCUAUAAUAUCUAAACAUACCUCCCCUACUUGCACCAUGCCCAUCAUGGGCUUCUUGUUUACAUUUUGUACUUGCCUAUAAGUGCAAAAUAUAUGGGCCUCACAUCAGGUUAGAAUGGUUUACGUGUUUAAAUUGCCAGUUUUCUUGACAAAAUACCUAUGUUUGAUGAAGGCUUGAUCUGGCUCUGUUUCAGUGUGUUUUGCCAAAAGAAGCAGCAAUUUAAAUACACAUGUGUACUUUCAACUGAUGUCAUUUUUUGCUCAGGUAUUAUACCUGAGUACAAAUAGUAUAGUCUUGAAGUGAUCUCUUUUGUUUAAUUGGCUUUACUGCUAAACACUGAAUGUGGGAGAAGUAAAUAAUUUAUCUAUUGAUUCCCCACUCCCCAAAAAGGUAGAGGACUGGGUUUUUUAAAAGUAUGUCAUGUAACAUAUCUUGACUUAUAGAAAAAUCGGAACAAAGUGUUCAUGCACUGAAAAACUAAAAUUGAAUGCAACCACUUUAUUUUCAAGUGCAAAGGGAGAGGUCUUUCUGAGAUCUAGUGAGUACAUACUAAAUUAACUAUGGUUCAUCAGAAACUUAUUGCCGUCUCAGUCCCUUUCUUCUCAAAAAAGUAAUAAUUUUUUGCUUGAAUAUUUAAAAUGCUUUAAACCUCACACAGAUCUGUUGAAAAACGGGCAGAAUGUAAUGACAGUUCUAGUUUCGCAAUGAGCAGCUGUCAAGCAAACUGAUGUAACACUGUGAUAACCUAGUAAAAUAUCAGGUGGAUGGGGCAAAGCAUGGCUGUGAGUCUUGGUUUGCAUUAGCUGUUGAAACAGUUCAUGCCCCCAGCCUCUCCUACCUUUAUUGUGAGAGUACCCCCCCCAAAAAAAGUGGCUUACAGUAAGUAUUGAAAUUAUUAUGCAGCUCAAAAAUAAACACUGAUUUUGUAAAACCUUCAAACUUUAAGGAUUUUGGCACACAAUUCUUUUACCUUUAGGCCCACAGUAUGAAAUUAGAAACUGGCAAAUGUCCGGUGCAUCCUUAAUUUUAACCAGGAACCAGAUUUUUCUAUUGGUCCAUUGCCGGCAAUGGGCAUAGUAAAAAUAGUCAUUGCCAAUUUUGUUAAGACUGUUUGUAACUAGCUUCUAUUACAUUUGAACUGUUCCCAUCUUCUGUAACAUAUGAAGAUCAUGAACAAUCUAGUCAGUUUCUUUAAAUAUUAUCAAUGUGAUUCUCUUCACCAUGGUUAACAUCCUCUUCCCUCCCCACAGAGAAUUCCUCCCUCCUGCUGGUAACUGGGGUAAGGUAAUACAUUAGCAUCAAUGUCAUUAUGGUUAGGGGUAACCAGUUUCCUCAGUUGGGUUUACUGGGCUGCAAUCCUACACUCUUACCAGGGAGGAAGCCCAAUUGAACCCAGUGGGAUUUAUUUCUGAGUACAUGCACAGGAUUCUAUUAAGGUGGCAAUGUGAGAUUUGCAGAUCAGAGGGUUGGGAGAAGGGAGUACCUGAUCCUACAACCUGCCCCUAAUCUUGUAAAUGUGGUUAAGGGAAGGCCUUUGAUACAGCUGCAUGUGGUUAAAUGGCUCCCCCCCUUUUUUUUUGCCUAAACCUUGGUAGUUUUUUUUCAUUGGUGUCUUUGUUAGACUUCAGCAGCAGUUAUUUUAGUCUUUUCUUAAAGUUCUUGUUUUUUGCAACAUAAACCAGCUUUUAAGCCAGCUACAAGCAAACAUAGUAACUGUGAGGUAAACACCCUAUUUUUGUGGAAGAUGCAUACUGCUGCUACACUUUAUAAUUAUGUUAUGGAUUGUUUCAAAUUGUUUGAUUUUAAAUAUGCCCCCCCCCCAGCCUUCAAUAACUUUAUGUACCAAGAGCAAUGCAAUUCAGGGACUACUCACAGUCUGUAAAGUUUAGCACAUAUACACAAAUCUUUUAAUGACAGGGGCUGUAAUUAGUAUGUUCCCCUUUUUUUGCUUUAAGCAAAAUAGAGAUGAACUUCCCCCCCUUUGUUUCAAUUUUUUGUAGUCAACAUGCUGACUAAAAAAAAGUUUGUCUGGGCCUUAUUGUACAAAAAGUGUGUUGUGUCCACAACUGUGUACAGAAAUUUUCCUUCCUUCAUUUUGUGUUUAAAUUAAUAAAAUUGAUUUGUGACAUAUUAAA